GACCGGGUAAUAUAUCAUUCCAUUAACUGAAGAGAAAUAUCACCUCGCUCCCCUUCAAGUCUGUACGAGAGGAUUGGAGGUAUGGCCCCACUACUGCAGGAGGCUGUUCCCACAAACAGCACGCCUAUUUCGAUAGGACCGAACCUAUGGAUCACCGGUCUGGGUAGUCAAUAUCCUCCUUAUCUACUUGGCCCAGAGAAAUUGGAGCAGCUUGCGAGCAAGUUCCAUGAUAUUGAAAACCCAGGUCUGAAAAAGCUUUUGCAAAUAAAUCGAACUACUGGAAUUGAGACACGAUCAUCAAUUAGAUCCUAUGACAGUGGAUUCACCAAUCAGCCUGAUCCUCCCUCUAUCAGCGAUAUAGAUCAUUUCUUUCGAAAGGCUGGGGUAGAUUUGACCGUUCAAGCUUGUAAGAAGGCUUUGAGAGAAUGGGCAGGAGAUUACAGCGACAUUACCCACACGAUCGGUGUAACUUGCACCAACCAGAGCAACCCUGGAUAUGAUCUCCUAGUAAAUCAAAAGCUGGGACUGCAGCCAACUGUUGAUCGUACACUCCUCCAGGGCGUGGGCUGCGCGGGAGGUCUUGCCAUCCUGCGAGUUACAGCUCAGAUCGCCUGUGGAGCGACGAUGCGUGGGCGGCCAGCACGCAUACUUGCAUUUGCUUGCGAGUUAUGUACGCCAAAUGUCAGGUGCGAUCUGGCCGAAGUCGUGAAGUGCUCUGAUCCAGGUGCAGUCAGCAUCGCUGGGGCACUCUUCUCUGAUGGUGCCGCCGCGUUCAUCUUAUGCAACGAUUUUGGGCUAGGUGACGACACCCAACCCAUUCUUCAACUUCUUGAAUGGGGAAACGCAACGCUGCCUGAUACGACCGAGCACAUGGGAUUCUAUGUAGACCCACUGGGCUUCCGAACCGUCUUGACUAGAAACGUGCCCGAGCUCGCCACCCGCGCAAUAUUCCCGAUGUUCCAGUCGCUAGUGCCAGAAGUCCAAGAAAGGCUCGGGAAAAGAGAUUUGAAAGCUAGUGACUUUGACUGGGCACUACAUCCUGGAGGUGAGGCUAUUAUCGAGAGUGCCAAAGAAUUGUUGCAGCUGAGCGAUGAUCAACUUCGAGCAACUUGGGAGAUAUACAGAACGCGAGGCAAUUCGUCGAGUCCUACGGUUAUCAUAGUCCUAGACAAGCUGAGAGCGAUGGGGCUAGGACGCGAUCAGAUCGUAGCAACGUCGUUUGGGCCGGGUCUGGGGAUUGAGAUGUCAAUAUUUAAGAAGUGCCACCAAGAGACAGAGGAUUGGUGAAAUCAGGUGUUGCAACCCUCUUGUUAUCAAUCUCGACGUUAAAACCGCCAGUCUGUUUACAACUGAGAUACAAAUUACAGAUCCGAAAGUAAAUACAAGAAAUAUGUAGAAACGUACUUUGAAAAUUUAAGCGAAC